AUGGUGAGUCUCCGCCGACUACCCCCCGCACGAAUCCCCCUCGCCGCGCCUUUUCGCAUUUCGGACGUAGAAGAGAACAACGCCCCCGAGGUGGCCGAGGAGGUCGAGGUUUCCGCCGAUGCUGGCUCCAAGGGCCAGAUGUCCGUUCUGGACGCCCUCAAGGGUGUUCUGAAGCUGGCCCUCAUGCACGACGGUCUUGCCCGCGGUCUCCGUGAGGCUUCCAAGGCCCUCGACCGCCGCCAGGCCCACAUGUGCGUCCUCAACGAGGCUUGCGAGGAGGAGGCCUACAAGAAGCUCGUCAUUGCUCUCUGCUCCGAGCACAAGAUCCCCCUGAUCAAGGUUCCCGACGGCAAGCAGCUCGGCGAGUGGGCUGGUCUUUGCGUGUUGGACCGUGAGGGUAACGCCCGCAAGGUCGUCAACUGCUCUUGCGUCGUCGUCAAGGACUGGGGUGAAGAGUCCCAGGAGCGCUCCAUCCUCCUCAACUACUUCCAGACCGAGCAGUAA